AUGGGUAUACCUGCAUUUUCUGCUUGGUCAAUUAUUGACCGAGAGCCAGGGGGCCGGCCGAGGGGGGUCCCGGAGAAGCCCCCGGGCUCCGAGAAGAAGCCCUCCGGCCCGGAGAAGAGGCCGAGCUCCGAGGGAACGCCUGUCUCCGAGAGGAAGUCGGUGCUGGAGAAGAUGGACGUGUGGGAGAAAAGACCGAGUCCAGCGAGAGCCGGCGUCCCCGAGAAGCAGCCCCUGUCAGCGAAGGCGGCAGGCUCGGAGCGGGGACGGGUGUCCGAGAAAGCGUCGAUCUUUGAGAAGCCGCAGGCCUCAGACACAAAGCUGGUCCCCAAGAGGGCUGUGGCCCUGGAGCAGCCCCGGGCCCAGGAGAAGCCUCAGCCCGAGGAGCGGCUGAAGCUCAAGGAGAAGCCUCAGCCCCAGGAGCAGCCUCGGCCCAAGGAGAAGCCUCAGCCCCAGGAUCAGGAUCAGCCCAAGGAGAAGCCUCAGUCCGAGGAGCAGCCUCAGUCCGAGGAGCAGCCUCAGCCCAAGGAGAAGCCUCAGUCCCAGGAGCAGCCCCGGGCUCAGGAGCAGCCCCAGGCCCGGGAGCAGCCUGUGGCUGGGGGAACCCAGAGAGUGAGGGCCCACUGUCGCCUAACCUCGGCAGAGCCAGGGGGGUGCACCCCUCCGACCUUGGCCUCCCGCCUCCGGCCUGUCACACUCCAGGUGAAAAUUCCCAGCAAGGAGGAGGAGGAAGAGGAUGCCUUCUCGCCCACCGGGGCCACCUACAGCAGCUCCCUCCGCAGGUCCAGCCCCAGGACCAUCUCCUUCCGGAUGAGCCCCCGGACCACCAACUCGGAAGGCACCCUCACCCGCAGUGCCAGCGUGAGGCUCCCGGACAAGUUAGGCGAGAAGCUGGAGAGAUACCGCACGGCCAUCCAGAGGUCAGUGUCCGUCAAGUCCUCCGGCUCCUCCCGCACCGAGGUCUUCGUGGCGCCCGUGGGCGUGGCCAGCAGGCGUCACCUCUUCGAGAAGGAGCUGGCGGGUCAGGGCCCCAGCCGACAGGAGCCUGCCUCCAGCCGCAAGGAGAAUCUGACGCUCUCGGGGGUGGUGACCUCGCGGCUCAACCUGUGGAUCAGCAGGACCCAGGAGUCGGGGGAGCAGGACCCCCAGGCCGCCUUAGUCCCUGGUCCCCUCCCCGAUGCCCCCAAGCAGGAGGCGAAGAAAGAGGCGGCAGCCACCAAGCGGACCCAGUGGGCGAAGAGAGCGGGCUCCACCCUGGAUGCCGAGGUGUGACGGCCGCCAGGCGGGUCCCCGGACCGAG